AUGGCUUCUCUGGCCUUUGAGGAUGUGGCUGUGAACUUUACCUUGGAGGAGUGGGCUCUGCUGGGGCCUUCACAGAAGAAACUCUACAGAGAUGUGAUGCGGGAAACCUUGAGGAACCUGGCCUCAAUAGGGGAAAAAUGGGAAGACCAUAACACUGAAGAUCAGUACAAAAGCCAGGGAAGAAAUCUGAGAAGCCAUACAUUACGGAGAUGCUGUGAAAGUGAAGAAGGUAGUCAAUGUGGCGAAAAUAUCAGCCAUAUUCCAAAUCUUAAUCUGAACAAGAAAAGUUCUACUGCAGUAAAACCAUGGGAGUGCAGUGUGUGUGGAAAAGUCUUCAUGAGUCGUUCAUCCUUUAAUAGGCAUGUUAGAUCUCACACUGCACCCAAACCAUCCAGGUAUCAGGAAUGUGGAAAGAAGCCUUAUAAAUGUAAGGUAUGUGGGAAAGCCUUCAGUUAUCUCCAGCCUUUUCAGAAACAUGAAAGUAAUCAUAGUAUAGAGAAAUCCUAUAAAUGUAAGGAAUGUGGGAAAUCAUUUAGAUAUCGCCAAUCUGUUCGAAAACAUGAACGGACUCACACUGGAGAAAAACCCUACCAGUGUAAACAAUGUGGGAAAGCCUUUCGAUAUCAUCAAACCUUUCAAACACAUGAAAGAACUCACACAGGGGAGAAACCCUAUGAAUGUAAGCAAUGUGGUAAAGCCCUCAGUUGUCCAAGUUCCUUUCGAAGUCAUGAAAGGACUCAUACUGGAGAAAAACCCUAUGAAUGUAAAAAGUGUAGUAAAGCCUUCAGUUGUCCCAGUUCUCUUCGAAAACAUGAGAGAACUCAUACAGGAGAGAAACCUUACGACUGUAAGGAAUGUGGGAAAGCCUUCAUUUCUCUUGGAAGCUUUCAAAGACACAUGAUAACACAUACUGGAGUUGGACCUUAUAAAUGUAAAGAAUGUGGAAAAGCAUUCAAUUGUCCCAGUUCAUAUAGAAUACAUGAAAGAUCUCACACUGGAGAAAAACCCUAUGAAUGUAAACAGUGUGGUAGAGCCUUCAGUUGUUCCAGUUCCUUUCGAACACAUGAAAGAACUCACACUGGAGAGAAACCUUAUCAAUGUAAGGAAUGUGGAAAAGCCUUCCAUUGGCUCACCACUUUUCAAGUCCAUGUGAGAACUCACACUGGUGAAAAACCGUAUAUAUGUAAGCAGUGUGGUAAAGCCCUCAGUUGUCCCACUUCAUUUCGAAGACAUGAACGGACUCACACUGCAGAGAAACCCUAUGAAUGUAAGCAAUGUGGGAAAACUUUCAGUUCUCCUCUAGGUUUGCAAAUACAUGAAAGAACUCACACUGGAGAGAAACCGUAUAAAUGUGAGAAAUGUGGGAAAGCAUUUGUUUCUCUCACAAGCUUUCGGAGACACAUGAUGACGCACACUGGAGAUGGACCUUAUAAAUGUAAGGAAUGUGGGAAAGCAUUUAAUUGUCCCAGUUCAUUUCGAAUACAUGAAAGAACUCACACAGGAGAGAAACCCUAUGAAUGUAAAAUAUGUGGUAAAGCCUUCAGUUGUUCCAGUUAUGUUCAAGUACAUGAAAGAACUCAUACUGGAGAGAAACCCUAUGAAUGCAAGGAAUGUGGGAAAGCCUUCAUUUACCGCACAACCUUUCGAGGUCACAUGAGAAUGCACACUGGUGAGAAACCAUACAAGUGUAAAGACUGUGGGAAAGCCUUUAGUCGACCCAGUUCAUACAGAAGCCAUGAAAGAAUUCACACUGGAGAGAAACUUCUUGAAUGUAAGCAUUGUGGGAAAGCCUUUAAUUGGCCCACAUCCUUACAUAAACAUGUCGUGAGAAUGCACACUGGAUAUAAGUGA